AUGAUGAUUCUCUACUUUGUAGCUCUGAAAUCAAUUAUUCUCUUAUUCACCAUCACAUCUUCCAACCAUGCAUCUGCAAUACAUCACAGGAAAAGGAUUCCCAUUAAUCUUGACAUUGCUAAGGAGAUUCCAUAUGAAAUAAAGGUGAUUAUGUCCGAAAAAACGGCUCGUGGAUUUUACUAUUAUAUGAAAAGGUCAAUCAUAACGGCGUAUAGAAUAGGUGAUGUUCUUUUUGAUGGGAAACUGCUAUGCCCAGGUAAUUCGAUGGAUUUUGAUAGAUUCGUCUUCUCGGUUACUUUGCCUCGUCGUAGAAAGUACAUUAGAAUUGUUUCUAAAACGAGGCUCGGUAAUUCUUCUGAAAGGAAAAUUGUUGAAUUCAUUACUGAACCCUUCAGUCUUACUUUCCAUGAAGUAGUGCGAAAACCCGUUGAAAUCGACAUACUAACACAAAUGGAUACUGAAGUAAUUAAUGUAGAUGAGGAAGUUUCCUCUAGGACUGUAAAAUUUAGUGUACGAGAAGAUUUUGAACAUCAGGCCACGAUCGGUGUAGUACGCUAUGGUGCCUCAGUUCUUAAUCGCAAAGUUCGCGGUCUCAUAUACAGAUCAGUUGUAUGGAAGGGAGGGGUUAUUAAUCCUCAUAUAACCAUUAUUUCUAAAUACAAUGAUGGAACAACAAUUGAAACUAAUUACAGUUUUGAGGAUGAUGACUUUGUAUUACACAGCAAGAAAUUGGGUCAAUGCUAUCUGAAACCCUGGGAUGAAGAACCGGCUGGCGAUGAAUCAUAUGACUCAGAGGCUUUGCGUAGAAAGAAUGGACCGGGUUAUUCAUACGAUGUAGAUUCUAUGCCUCAAGGAACAAGUAAAGAUCACGAUGGUGCUGCGCCAUCGGAGGUGGCGAUAAAUGCAAGUAAACGAACAAAACCUGUCCGUCACCUUUUUAAAAAUACGGAAUAUGAAUGGGAUGUUGGAAAUCACGAUCCAUCACGUGCUAUAUAUCCGAUGAGUGGUUUUUACCAUGACUUUGAAAGGGAAGCUUAUAAAGUCCAGGGGCUUUCUUUUCCGGAACCGGAUUCAGAUUAA